AUGCAGGAGUCACCAGGUUCCAUAGGUGUGGAUGGAGGCUAUGCCAACAACGUCCCGGCAUUCCUCACCAAGCUGUGGACACUGGUGGAAGACCCGGAGACCAACCAUCUCAUCUGUUGGAGCACUACUGGUACCAGCUUCCAUGUGUUUGACCAAGGCAGGUUUGCCAAAGAGGUUCUGCCCAAAUACUUCAAGCACAACAACAUGGCCAGCUUUGUGCGCCAACUCAACAUGUAUGGCUUCAGGAAGGUGGUGAACAUUGAACAGAGUGGGCUGGUAAAGCCAGAGAGAGAUGAUACAGAAUUUCAGCAUCUGUACUUCCUCCAAGGUCAUGAACAUCUGCUAGAGCACAUCAAGCGCAAGGUGUCUAUAGUAAAAAGUGAGGAGACUAAAUUCAGGCAGGAGGAUUUAAGCAAGCUCCUGUAUGAAGUACAGGUUCUUCGCAGCCAACAAGAGAAUAUGGAGUGCCAGAUGCAAGAUAUGAAACAGCAGAAUGAAGUACUAUGGCGGGAGGUGGUGUCACUGAGACAGAACCACACACAGCAGCAGAAAGUUAUGAACAAGCUGAUACAGUUUCUGGUCAGCCAGAUGCAAGCGAGCCCUCCCAGCACGGUGGGAAUGAAGAGAAAAUUGCCCCUGAUGUUAGAUGAUGGCUCCACCACUCCUCCUACCUCCAAACUCAGUCACAGCCACUCCAUGGAAUCAAUACAAGAGGCCUUCUACAUCCAAUCGCCAUCUACAGAUGCUGCCUCCGGUUCCACUAGCAACACUAUGACAGUAGGGCCGAUCAUCUCUGAUGUUACUGACAUGUCACAGCCUACUGCAAUGGCUAUUCAAAUGGAGGAAACCCGGGAAAGAUGUCCAAUGAUUAUUAAGGAAGAGCCAGUGAGUCCAGGUGUGCACAGGUGGAGUGAGGACGUUUCUUGUGGUGUGUGUACUGAACCCCCUGUGCUUCCCUUGGCCAUGGUACAAUCCGUCCUAGAGGGCAGAGGGUCAGGCUCUGCAGAGAGGAGGGCCAAGAAGACCAUGGACAGGCCAGAAACCUCUGAAGCUGUUGAAAAUGUGGACAUAAGCUUUGAGGAACUACAGCUGCUCCUGAGAAACCAGCAGCAUAGUAUGGAGUCCAGCUCUACCAGUGUGGAUACAUUCACGUUUAGCAUGCCUAUGAAUGAGUGGAACUUCACAGAGAUGGACCCAAAUCUCAAAUCAGAGUUAGCCAACAUCCUUGUCCCUGCUGCUAUGUCUCAGUACAUGUUCCAGUGCCAGGAGGGUGAAGUGUGCAAUACUAAUGGCUGUGAGGAACAAUAAAAUCCUGACAUUGCAUCUAGCA